UUCUUAUCGGGCUUUCUGCCACCACACCUCAUAUAUCAAUCGAUAGACCGCUACACUCGCCUCCCAGCGCAUGUCAUUGCAAGAGGUACAUGGAUGAGACGGUCUCUACCUUUCACACUCCUAGAGGCUUUCCCUAGUACAAGAGUCACCCAUUGCCCCUCUCUUCGUUUCCAGUCCACCACAACUUACCACGAAUCCGAGCAUACACCUCCCCCUUCUCGCCGCCCUCGCCGCCGACGCGUCAUGUCCACCGACGCUGCGGACUCCGAUGGCGAGAUCCAAAACCGUGGCCAGCAGAGCGCGUUGGCUUCGAAACGUGCUAACGGCGAGAACCCACGAAGAAGUAGAUUCGACGGCUUCUUUCCGUUGAGUUACAAGCAGGGCUUCAGUCAAUGGUGGUCCAACAUUCCCGCCGCAGAAGCCGAACAUAGAGUCCUGUCACUCAUCCCCUACCUUCAAAAACCUCCUACACAUACGCAGACCGGUUCCGAACCACCUUCCAAGAACCCCUCGACCCUGUCAGUCGUAGACACCUCUCCUUCAAAACAAGCUCCACCGAUCACGACAAACUCAAUCACAGACCCGUACGGCCCUCGAACAUGGUAUUCACGGAUGGUUCAGCUAUCUGGCAAAAACAGAGCAUUGAACGAGUUCUCGGUCGAGCGUACCGGCGAGGAGGCAGAUCAAAACCUCGUGAUAAUACAUGGCUACGGUGCUGGCCUCGGCUUCUUCUACAAGAACUUCGAGCCUUUGUCGAGGGCCAAGGGCUGGCAUUUAUACGCCCUGGAUAUGUUGGGUAUGGGGCGUUCGUCACGCCCGCCGUUCCGCAUAAAGUCCAAGAAACGUGAAGACCAGAUCAAAGAGGCCGAAGACUGGUUCAUCGACUCGUUAGAAGAGUGGCGUGUUAAGAAAGGAAUCGACAAGUUCACACUGUGCGGCCACAGCAUGGGAGGAUACAUGGCCGUGUGCUAUGCUUUGAAAUACCCAGGAAGACUCAACAAGCUUAUUCUUGCUUCGCCGGUUGGUAUCCCAGAGGAUCCGUACGCUACUCAUGCUGCCAUGCCGGAUCAAAAGGAGGUUGAUCAGGCACAGCAAGACGAGGCGACAGCCUCCAAGACAAAUACGCCCCCACCACGACGCCCAUACAACAAAAUCUUCACGUACCUUUGGGAGGCCAACGUCUCGGUUUUCGAUCUCGUACGGUGGUCGGGUCCUCUUGGCCCGAGAUUGGUGUCUGGCUGGACGAGUCGGCGUUUCUCGCAUCUACCGGCUGAUGAAGGCCUUGCCUUGCACGAUUACAGCUACAGUCUGUUCCGGCAGCGAGGGAGUGGAGAGUACGCAUUAGCAUACAUCCUGGCUCCCGGCGCCUUCGCUAGAAGUCCAUUGAUCCGACGCGUUCAAGGCAUUGGGCGACAGCCCCUCCCAGCCGAUCUUUCUACUUCAUCUUCCGCCGAGCCACAGCUUGAAAGAGGCUUGCCUGUCGUCUUCAUGUACGGCGAGAAUGAUUGGAUGGAUGUCAAGGGCGGAUAUGCAGCGAAGAAAAAGAUCGAUGCCGAACGUGCCCGAGCGUUGAGAGGUAAAUCCGAGGCUGAGAUUGCAGAGGAUCAGGGUGGUGCCAAGGUCGUUAUCGUCAAAAAGGCCGGCCAUCAUGUCUACCUGGACAGCGCCGACGAGUUCAAUGAUGUCAUGCUGGCCGAGAUGGAGGAUGUUAGAAAGAGAACUGCCGGACAGAAGAAAGGUGGUAUGGGUGGCAUCCAAUUUAUCGACAAGAAGGAUUGAUAUGUCACUUUUCAGACUCGAGAAAAUCCAAUGCUUUCGCAUGUUCAAGGUCUUGGCAAGCCAGCAUGAGCACUUACAUGUGGCCUGUGAAUGACUCCCAUCAACUGGGAGCGAGCGACCUCUCCAGCCAUUCGAGCCGUCACCUG